AUGGACUCAAAAGAAUCUAAGUUGAAGGAUGAAGAGAACGAUUGUGGGUAUUUUCGUUGGAUUGAUCCACCAUUAUUGAACAAGUGGUAUAUAGAGAAGAUCUAUGAAAUGGGAGUUGUUGCUAAUGAUGGUGUUGUUGUUCUUUUCCAUAACCAUGUUAAUGAAGUUGAAAUACUUCUUAAUGGCCCUAAUGCCCUUGAACCUGCUAAUCAGACUGCAGUGCCUGUGAACACCCAUGUACAUGCUAAUGUACUUGGAUUCUGGAAGUGGAUGAUGGAAUCACCAAUUAGGGUUACGGGAAGGGUAUCAGGCUGUAUUUAUACGUCUAGCUGUCAAAACACCGUACCUGCGAUUGCAAGGGGUAAACCUGCGAUCGCAUGUAUCAUCCAAAAGGACGUUACAGAUUUUUUUUUAAUGAAGUACGUUGCUAUUUCGAUGCAAUUUGACCAACCUGUGAUCGCAAGGGCACAACCUGCGAUCGCAAGUAUCUCCUUUUCUCAACUAAUGAUUUUUUUGGCUCGACAAAUCCUCGUAAGCAACCUGCGAUCGCAAAGGGAACCUGCGAUCGGAAGGACAAAGCUUGCAAUUGCAAGCUGCUUCAUCUGGCUCUUUUGGCCGUCGUUCCUCCUUCCAAACAGUUCCUGA